UAAUGUGCAGCAUGUUUUCUGGGUGGAACUGGGUGGCCCAUGCCUUUUAUCUCCUCUUGAAUAUUUGUACUCUUGAAGUUUCAGGUGGACUUGUACAGUCAUGUGGUCACAUCAUCCCAGAGUCUCCUGUAUUGGCCCUUGGUUCCAAUUUCACAGCAUUAUGUAUUUUGAAUGAGAGUUGUCUUGACUUCGGCAAUAUCUACGCUAAUCAAAUUAUCUGGAAGAUUAAAAAUAAAGUGGUACCUAAAGAACAGUAUCGUGAAAUAAACAGAACAGUUUCCAGUGUCACAUUUAAUGACACUUCUUCACUAGCUACUCCUCUGACAUGCAACAUUUUAGCAGAUGGACAGAUUGAGCAGAACAUUUAUGGAAUUGCAGUCACAAUAGGCUUGCCCCCAGAGAAGCCCAAGAACUUAAGUUGCAUUGUGCAUCAGGUAUCAAAACUCACUUAUCCUAUGACUUGUACCUGGAACCCUGGAAGGCCUACAUUCCUGGACACUCACUUUAGGUUGAAAUACAGAUGGCCACAUGAGAACUUUCCUGACUGUAUACCAAAAGAUGUAAACAAUUCUUGUACAAUUCCUGAUGUUCAGUUCUUUGUUAACCUGGAGGUCUGGGUAGAAGCAGCAAAUGCUCUUGGGAAGGCUGAAUCUGAUCCUCUUGUUCUUGAUCCCGUUGAGAUUGUUAAACCUCUGCCUCCACGCAACUUAUCAGUCAACUCAGGAAUACUGCCUACUGUUCUGAAGCUUUCCUGGGAGAAUCGGAUUUCAGGAGCUGUAAUGAAGCUAAAAUUCAAUAUUCGCUAUAGGACCAUUGGUGACACAAACUGGAUGCAGGUUCCACCUGAAGAUACAGCUUCACCAAGAACUUCAUUCAGUGUUCAAGGGCUCAGACCCUACACAGAGUAUGUCUUUUCAAUUCGUUGCAUGAAGGAAGAUGGAGUGGGCUACUGGAGUGACUGGAGUGAAGAGAAAACUGGGAUCACCACUGAAGAUAAACCAUCUAAAGGACCACCCAUAUGGAGGAUCAUCGAUGCAUCUCACUCACCAGCUUCCUGGACUGUGCAUCUGAUGUGGAAGGCAUUGGAGCCAUUUGAAGCCAAUGGAGUAAUCUUGCAGUAUGAAGUUACUGUCAGAGCUAAAUCAUCUCUCUCCAGUCCACCAGAGAAAUACAAUGUUAAUACCACCAACCUUACAUUAAAGCUGCCAAAUGGAACUUAUGAAGUGACUGUGAUUGCCCGUAAUAGAGUUGGGGCAUCGCCUCCAUCAGUUUUACUUAUCCCAGCAAGUAAUUCAAAAGCUCCUGUGAAGAAUGUUAAAACAGUACCUAAAGACGGCAAGUUGUGGGUAGGGUGGACUGCUCCUGACAGUUAUGUUCUUAAGUAUGUCAUCGAAUGGUGUCUGGUGUCUAACAGCUCAGACUGCAUCAUAGAAUGGCAGAACGAACCAGGAAACAUUCAAGGAACAUACUUAAAAGGUGAUAUAAAACCGUUCAAGUGUUACUUGAUAACUGUGUACCCUCUAUAUGCUGAUGGUCAGGGAAGUGGACAGUCUGUGAAGGCUUAUCUUCAACAGGAUCGUCCUUCAAAAGGACCAACCAUUCAGACAAAAAAAGUAGGAAAAGCUGAAGCUGUUUUGACAUGGAACCAUCUCACAGUGGAUGAACAAAACGGAUUUAUCAGAAGUUACACCAUAUUUUACAAAACUAUUGAUGGAAAUGAAACAGCUGUGACAGUGGAUCCUUCCAAGACAGAGUAUACCCUUUCUUCUCUAACCAGUGACACACUGUAUACUGUGCGGAUGAUGGCAUACACAGAUGAAGGAGGCAGGAGUGGUCCUGAUUUUACAUUUACUACACAAAAAUUUGGGAAAGGAGAAAUUGAAGCCAUAGUUGUACCUGUGUGUCUAGCAUUCCUGUUGAUUGUGCUUCUUGGAGUUUUGUUUUGCUUCAACAAACGUGACUUAAUUAAAAAGCAUAUCUGGCCAAUUGUCCCUGAUCCAUCCAAGAGUAACAUUGCUCAGUGGUCUCCUCAAGUUCCAGCUAAGCAUAACUUUAGUUCCAAAGACCAGAUAUACCCAGAAGGCAGCUUUACAGAUGUAAGCGUCGUAGAAAUAGAAGCUGAGGACAAGAAGUCUUUUUCAGAACAAGAUCUAAAACCCUUUGACCUGCUUAAAAAGGAAAAAAGUACUUCAGAAGGGCACAGCAGUGGUAUUGGAGGAUCUUCGUGCAUGUCUUCUCCUAGGCAAAGUGUGUCUGACAGCGACGAAGGUGAAACUACACAAAACACUUCAAGCACUGUACAGUAUUCAACUGUAGUACUUAAUGGCUACAGAGACCAAACACCUGUACAAGUCUUUUCAAGAUCUGAGUCGACUCAGCCACUGCUAGAUUCAGAAGAGAGGUCAGAGGAUCAUGCUGGAGGAGGUGACAGUACAACACAGAGACAGCAGUAUUUCAAACAAAAUGGUGGUCAGGAUGAAACCAACACAGACAGGCCGUGCUUUGAAAGAACAAAGCAAAUUACUUCUGCUAAUGAGGGGGAUCUUGUGGGAUUUGCGCAACUGCAGAUCUCAGGUCAGAGUUCACAGCUGUUGAGCCUUGGGCUGGAAAAAAAUACCCAGGAAGAUGCUCUGCCAGAUGUUUUACAGACAAGUAUUGAAGGACAAACUAUGAGACCUGAAACAGUGGAAGGAAAUCCACCAUCAGCUGAUGAAAUGCCAAAAAGUUACCUCCCACAGACUGUGAGACAGGGGGGCUAUAUGCCUCAGUGAGAGAAGAGACUGGCUCUGUUUAGGCCUUCAUUAGUGCCUGCUCACACUUUCCCCUGUGUUUCUGAUAAAUUAAGCUAGGUAUUUUUAUCUGAAUGCAGACAGAAAUACUGAAAUUAAGUGAAGAGCAAUUUGACAAAGUACAACAAGGACUGUGUUUUUGUGGAAAAUUUGCAGUCCAGACCUACUGGAGACUUACUUUUAUGCACUACACAAAAUGUCUAGAUAGCUGAACAAGCCUUUGUGCUACCCUGUUUUUUUGUGAAUUGUCAUAUCAGAUUUACACGAUUGAAAAUGGCAAGUUUCAAUUAAUCACAUCAGCCAAUAGACCUCCCAGAAGAAAUACUUCGAUUUGUGACAGUGAACAAGCCUAAAAAGCCAGCUUUAGUUGCUUGGAGCAU